AUGGAACCCGAAAAUACCGCGCAUCAGGACACCACUGCUCAAGUCAAACUUGAUCCUAUUAUAGUCCUAAAGGCGCAACUCGACGAUGCAUUGGGGGGAAACAAGACUCAGUAUUGGAAUUAUGUCCAAAGUUUUGCCAAGGGAAAAAUUAAUAGAAUGGAACUCGAUUUUUGGGCCAAUUUGUUUUUGACAGAAGAACAUGCACAUCUUCACGGGGCAUUCGUUCGAGCGAGCAUAAACAAGAACAAGAAAAAAGCGUGUGUCGUCCCUGACCGUAAAAAAUUCGCUAAUGAUACUCGACGCGUAUCAAUGAAAGAGAAAAGUAAUUGCACAUCGCAACACAAAGUAUUGAAGGGUAUACUUAAAUCAAUGGAAAAAGAUGACAGGGACCAAUUACAUUAUUUUUUGAAGAAUAUUAGGAAUCAACAAGAGUGUGACCUUGGAAAGGAUAAGGUCUCAACAGCAACGCAGUCAAGUGACUUGAAAAAAGACGAAAAAACGAUGAAUUCAAGAAGUGAAUUUCCUGGUUACGAACAAAUGUAUACACGCAUGAAAGAGAUCGCGUUGAACAAUGAAUUGAUUGGUGUUCAGGAGGACUGUGUGCCCUUGAUGCUCCUCGCAUUAGAGGUACACCUCAAAAAUAUAUUGCAUAGCUGUAUUAACAAGAUCCGAAAAGUUCAAGAUUCACGUGAAGAUAGCGGUGAUCCUGUUCGCCCGAAGAUCACGUUAAGGGAUCUCGCAUUCUCGAUAGAAUUGUCGCCUCACAUAUCGGCACUGUCAUCUUCACUCGAAGAAAAAAUCAGAGUAAAUAUGAAGCACGACGUUCGUCAAGUUCGAUGA